AUGUCUCGCUUUGUUGUCACUGGCGCUACAGGUGGCGCUCCCAAUCGUCUCGAGAUCAAUGACUUCGUGAAGAAUGACAAGUUCUUCUCGCUGUACAUUCAAGCCCUUCAGGCCAUGUCUUCGAACAACCAGGCUAACAUCCAGUCGUUCUUCCAGCUCGGUGGUAUUCACGGUCUCCCCUACAUCCCAUGGGAUGGUGCUACUGGUGACCAAGCCUGGGACCCCAACACUCAGUGGGGCGGCUACUGCACUCAUGGCUCCGUUCUCUUCCCCACCUGGCACAGGCCCUAUGUUAUGCUCUACGAGCAAAUCGUCCAGAAGAACGCAGAGGCGAUCGCCUCCACUUAUACAGUCGAUCAAGCUGCGUGGAAGCAGGCUGCUGCCGAUCUUCGCCAGCCUUACUGGGAUUGGGCGGCCAAUGCGAUUCCUCCCGACGAGGUUAUUGUGUUGAAGCAGGUCUCCAUCACUGGCCCUAACGGAAAUAAGAUCACUGUCGACAACCCACUCUAUAACUACAAAUUCCAUCCCAUUGAUCCGUCUUUCCCAGCGCCGUACAAUGGUUGGGCGACCACCCUGAGGCAGCCAACCAGCACCAGACCGAACGCCACGGACAACGUAGCGCGUCUUCGCCUCGUUCUUCGCGCAGCACAGAACGACAUCACCUCGAGUACUUACAGCAUGCUGACGCGUGUCCAUGACUGGACGGCGUUCAGCAACCACACCGUUGGAGACGGAGGGAGCUCGAGUAACUCCUUAGAGGCCAUCCAUGACGGUAUUCACGUCGAUAUUGGAGGCAGAGGUCAGAUGGCUGACCCGAGCGUUGCUGCAUUCGACCCUAUCUUCUUCUUACACCACUGCAACGUCGACAGGAUGCUUUCCCUCUGGUCAGCGCUCAACCCAGGCGUUUGGGUCAGCCAGGGCGAUUCGCAGGAUGGAAGCUUCACAAUGCCUCCCGAAGACCCAGUCGACGAGAACACACCGCUCACUCCAUUCUGGAACGCUCAAACCACUUUCUGGGCAUCCGCCGGUACUGAAGACACCGCCAAACUCGGAUACACGUACCCCGAGUUCAACGGACUCGAUAUGGGCAACCCCGACGCUGUGAGGACUGCCAUCGGCAACAUCGUCAAUCGCCUCUACGGGUCCUCAAUCUUCGGCGGCUUCCCUCGCCGCUCUGCCCUAGCGGCUGUCCCUGCGGACGCGGAAGUGAGAAGAAGCCCGCCACUCGCGACACUGCCGAACGGGCUGCACCAGCCGCCACGGCCGCAUCUGCAGUCACCUCCUUCCUCGUCCAACCCGGGAACGGACACGGACACGCCCAACCAACAACUCAUCGUGGACAUAAUGCUCCUCCCGAACGUGACUUCUGGGACUGGACCGCCCGCAUCGAGUUCAAGAAUCCCUGAGGACCCGGAGGACUGGCUCUGUAGCGAUAACUUUGUGGGCGCGCACCACGCCUUCGUCAAUAGUUCUGCGGGACGCUGUGCCAACUGCCGUGGACAAGGAGACCUCGUCGAGGAGGGCUUCGUCCACCUCGAUAACGCCAUCGCCCAGUUCUCUGGCCUCAAUUCUUUGGAACCAAGUGUUGUUGAGCCGUAUCUUACCCAAGCUCUCCAGUGGCGCGUGCAGAAGAUCGAUGGAACCCCUGUCGAGUUGGAUUCGCUCGAGGUAGCCGUUCUUUGCACUUCGUUGAGCUACCCGCCCGGCGCCAUGUUCCCAGUUCCUGGCGAACCCCGUCGUUACAACGGCAUAACUCAUGGCCGACUCGGAGGCAGCCGCCAUGCUUGA